UAAGCAUUAUCAUUGCUGGAAUUUUUGUUUUGGUUAUUAUGUUGGCUGGUGGAGUUUGUAUACUGAGAAAUGUACGAAGUAAACUUGGUUUAGGCGAAACUUUCCCAAUUCACCUGCCUGAUUUAGAAUCUGAGAAAUCAUGGGAGAAAUUCGUCACUACACCAGCUUCCUACACUGAUACCAAAUCUGCUAACUGCAUUUCCAAUCAAACAAAAUAUGCAAAAGGAUCCGUUGUAUCUUCCAAUUCACCGUAUACAGAAAGUGACCAGUGUACCUCCAAGGAAAGAUUACUAAAGUGUCUCAUCGAAAAUCUACCUGAUCAAUGUCCUCAGGCUAAUAAUACCGUUUUGCCGCUGAUUGAUUUUCCCAGUAGGAAUGACAUAGACAAGGAAAAUGACAAUGACAUAAACCAAGAAAAUGACAAUGCAAAAAUACCUGAAAUGCUCAAAAGCAGUGAUCCAACAUUGUCAAUGAGUAAAAUAUACGAAAAAGAAAACAAAAGAAAAAUGUCGAGAGAAUUUCUGCCCCCUGGUUAUGCAAAGGUUUUGUCUCCUUGUCUCCACGAUAUUAAUAGGUCACCGAUUGAUAUUGGAAUCUCCACGAGGGACUCGCCGUCAGACUCAAAUAAGAUCUUUCAGGAGAUCGUGUCCUCAGAUGAGAAUAAUAUAGGACAAAAUGAGGUCCAUCAUAACAUAUGCUCGAAAGCAGACAUACAUAACAUAUCAGUUAACCCACAACGAUCCACCGAUGAAGAAUCUUUGAAUGAUCAAACAAUUAAUGAUGAAUGUUAUGUAACUAAUGAUGCUAGUCAUUGGGUCAAUGAAAGCAAACUCUCUGUUACGAAUAGAAAUAAUGUCGAGCACCAAAGAAGAAGUUACCUCCCUUCCGACUUAACGCAGUCCAUGACAUCUGCAUUGGAAAAAGGCAUAUCUUCAAGUCUCAAAAACAAUAUGACAAACACUGGUCUAAGGGAUGUCAAUACAAAUGUAAUUGAUGACUCAUAUCAGAAGACAUCAACACCAGCUUUAAACGGAGAUGAUUACAUUAAAAAUGAUUUUUUUUAACUAAUAAUGGUGUACCUAACGCAUCUAAAAUCGAUAACAUUUCAAUUAUAAAUACUUCUAUCAAUUCCUCUGAAUUAAGCGAUCAUUUAGCGAGUAAUUUUUGUCAAAACGCGGAAAUGUGCACUGAAUAUGUUUUUAAUGACACUGAGCCAGACGUUGAGUCAAGCGUGAAAUUCAUACUAAAUGCAAAGCAAUCGCCUGACCGCCUUCCAAAUGAUGCAUUUAACCAGAAUACCAGUGAGAAAAACCUCGAGUUUAUCGGAUAUGUACCAUAUACUGGAGUCAUAGAGGGGAAUCUCUAGUCAGGAAAAUUGUACUCUACAUGCUGUAAAAAGAGGUUUUAUUUCUUGCCUUUACAUUUAUUUGUUGUUGCUUAUUAUUCAUUUCUUUACAAAAAAGAUAUACAUUGACUCUUUUGAUAGCUGCUCGGUGUUGUACAAAACUUGAAUUAAGUAACUAUAAGUACCGAUGCAAGGAAGUCUGUGAAAAAAAACCCGCUGAUAGUGAACUUUUUGUUUCAUUUAAAAUUACAAUUAAUAAAGAUGUCUCUGGUACAUGUAUGUACAAUA